AUGUUGGAACCAAAAAAUUACGACUUAUUUUCUUCUCAAGAACCAUUAAGACCUAUGAGACCUUAUAGACCCUACGGUAGAGAAAGAACCGUAAGAUAUCAAAGAUAUACGAGACCUGCCGAACAUAACGAAAGAAUGUUUAGAGGAGGUAUGAGAGGGGCAAGAGGUUCAUGGGGUUGGAGAGAAUAUGGUACGAGAGGGAGAGGUUUAAGAGACGAAUUUGGUUUGAGAGGAAGAGGAGGAGGUAUGCGGGGUGACUGGAGAUUUAGAAGGAGAGAAAUUAGAGAAGAUUGGGGUAUUAGAGAAAGAAUUUCGUAUGGUGAAGUAGGUUUGAGAGAAAGAAGAAUUAGAGAUGAUUUUGGCUUCAGGGGAAGAGGCAUGAAUAUGAGGGGUAUGCGAGGAGGAAGAGGAUUAAAUGCGAGAGGUUUAGGUAUCCCAAGGGGGCCAAGAGGAUAUAGUCCGAGAGGAAGGGAUGGAAGAAGGUAA